GCCUGCGCGUUGUCCGGUGUCGUGUCGCACUAUGGGCGUCCGCGCGGGCUGAGCCCCCGCCGUGACGGAAAAAUGAGUGGUGGGUUGGCACCAAGCAAAAGCACAGUGUAUGUGUCCAAUUUACCCUUUGCUUUGACAAACAACGAUCUAUACAGGAUAUUUUCAAAGUAUGGGAAAGUUGUCAAAGUUACUAUUAUGAAAGACAAAGACACCAGGAAGAGCAAAGGAGUUGCCUUUAUUUUGUUUUUGGAUAAAGAAUCUGCACAAAACUGUUCUCGGUCACUUAAUAACAAACAGUUGUUUGGAAGAGUAAUAAAAGCAAGUAUUGCCAUUGAUAAUGGAAGAGCAGCAGAAUUCAUUCGCAGGCGUAACUACUUUGAUAAGUCUAAGUGUUAUGAAUGUGGGGAAGCAGGACACUUAAGUUAUGCUUGUCCUAAAAAUAUGCUAGGAGAGCGGGAGCCACCAAAAAAAAAAGAAAAGAAGAAGAGAAAGAAAAUAGUUGAGCCAGAAGAAAUUGAGGAGGAAGAAGAAAGUGAAGAGGAAGGAGAAGACCCUGCUCUAGAUAGCCUCAGCCAAGCCAUAGCUUUUCAGCAAGCCAAAAUUGAGGAAGAACAACAAAGAUGGACGCAGACUGCAGGGGAAUCUUCAAUUUCAGAUGAUUCAAAACGUCCACGGAUUAAGAAAAGUGCUUAUUUCAGUGAUGAGGAAGAACUUAGUGAUUGAAAUAAUCCUGGUUUAUGUGCAUAUAUAAUAUACAUAGUGUACAUUUUGUAAAGUGCUACAAAGUUAUCUGUAAUACAGGUUUGUCUUGGUGUUGAAGACACUGAAAAUCAUGUUGUAGUUCUACCCUGCCCCCCGAACCUCCCAUCUUUUGAUAUCUCUCUCUCUCUCAAAACUUCACCUUUCAAGGCUGCUUCUUAAGAAAACGAUGUGUUUCUACACUUAAAUCCAGAAAAAUAUCUGGGAGAAUGCUUCUUGCAGUUAGUAUCUAGACCCAAACCCUGGGAGUGAACUCUUUCAUAAGAGAAUUUCCCAGGAUUUUUUUCCUAAGACAAGUUCCUCUUAGGAUCACUGUUGGCACCACUGAUGCUUUAUGUAUUGGUCUGUUUAUUGCUUGUUUGGAAACAGUGCUUUAGUAGUACUUUAGUAUAUGAAUCUUGCACUAGUUCCUCUGCAUAGGGUUAAAUUUCAGCCUUAAGCAUUGUACUAGUCUUUUAACUCUUCAUUCAGUAAUAUAAUAAAUUACUGUCACAUCA